UCCAAGGAGGUCUGUACAAAAAGCCAGACUUCUACUGGCAGUUACUGAGAGAGAUACGCUUUCCAUCCAUGGCAGCCAUUUACUUUUGCUCUGGGAGACGUUUGUAAUAGAAAAGGCACAACUGGGGUAUUUAUUCAUUUCCCCCUGUUCCUCUAGUGUUUGGUGGCGUUGCCGUUGCAAGUGGGCAGGGCUAAAAUGAACUGGUUAUCUUAGGAUCAUGGAAAACCUGGAAUCAAGGCUCAAGAAUGCCCCCUAUUUUCGUUGUGAGAAGGGAACCGAUUCCAUCCCUCUAUGCCGGAAGUGUGAGACGUGUGUCUUAGCCUGGAAGAUCUUCUCUACCAAAGAGUGGUUCUGCAGGAUCAAUGACAUAUCACAGAGGAGGUUUCUAGUUGGCAUUCUGAAGCAGUUAAAUAGCUUAUAUUUGUUACACUAUUUCCAAAAUAUCCUUCAGACCACACAGGGAAAGGAUUUCAUCUAUAACAGGUCCCGGAUCGACCUCAGCAAGAAAGAGGGGAAAGUUGUGAAGUCCUCCUUGAACCAAAUGUCAGAUAAAACAGUAGAACAGAAGAUGAAAGAGAUCUUGUACUGGUUUGCGAACAGCACCCAGUGGACCAAGGCGAAUUAUACUCUCUUACUGCUGCAGAUGUGCAACCCCAGAUUACUGCUCACUGCUGCCAAUGUGAUCAGAGUCCUGUUUCUGAGAGAGGAGAACAAUAUCUCAGGGCUCAAUCAAGACAUCACAGAUGUGUGUUUUUCCCCUGAGAAAGACCACAGCUCCAAGUCUGCGACCUCCCAAGUCUAUUGGACAGCCAAAACUCAGCACACAUCCCUUCCUUUGUCCAAAGCCCCAGAAAAUGAACACUUGCUUGGGGCAGCAUCUAACCCUGAGGAACCAUGGAGGAAUUCACUCCGGUGUAUAUCCGAAAUGAAUAGGCUGUUUUCUGGAAAAGGAGACAUAACCAAGCCAGGGUACGAUCCCUGCAAUCUAUUGGUUGACCUGGAUGACAUCAGAGACCUGUCUUCUGGGUUCAGCAAGUACCGAGACUUCAUCCGUUACCUGCCCAUCCACCUCUCCAAGUACAUUCUAAGAAUGCUGGAUAGACACACCCUGAACAAGUGCGCCUCUGUGAGCCAGCACUGGGCCGCCAUGGCUCAACAGGUCAAGAUGGACUUGUCAGCGCAGGGCUUCAUUCAGAACCAGAUUACCUUCUUGCAGGGGUCCUACACAAGAGGAAUUGAUCCUAAUUAUGCCAAUAAUGUUUCUAUCCCAGUUCCUAAAAUGGUAGAUGACGGGAAGAGCAUGCGUGUGAAACAUCCGAAGUGGAAGCUGAGAACGAAGAAUGAGUACAACCUGUGGACUGCAUACCAGAACGAGGAAACGCAGCAGGUCCUGAUGGAGGAGAGAAAUGUUUUCUGUGGGACCUACAAUGUUCGCAUUCUCUCUGACACGUGGGAUCAAAACCGAGUCAUCCACUAUUCCGGGGGAGAUCUGAUAGCUGUGUCAUCUAAUCGAAAGAUCCAUCUUCUGGACAUCAUACAAGUAAAAGCGAUACCCGUUGAAUUCCGAGGCCAUGCUGGGAGUGUCCGGGCCCUCUUCCUGUGUGAGGAGGAAAACUUUCUCCUAAGCGGGAGCUAUGACCUAAGUAUCAGAUACUGGGAUCUGAAAAGUGGGGUUUGCACACGAAUCUUCGGUGGUCAUCAGGGGACUAUCACUUGCAUGGACUUGUGUAAGAACAGGCUCGUAUCUGGAGGAAGAGAUUGCCAGGUAAAAGUAUGGGAUGUAGACACAGGGAAGUGCCUGAACACGUUUAGACACAAAGACCCUAUCUUGGCCACCAGGAUCAAUGAUACCUACAUCGUGAGCAGCUGUGAGCGAGGGCUGGUGAAGGUGUGGCACGUUGCCAUGGCCCAGUUGGUAAAGACUCUCAAUGGCCACGAGGGAGCCGUGAAAUGCCUGUUCUUUGACCAGUGGCAUCUCCUCUCAGGAAGCACUGAUGGCCUGGUCAUGGCCUGGAGCAUGGUGGGGAAGUACGAGCGCUGCCUCAUGGCCUUCAAGCAUCCCAAGGAGGUGCUCGACGUGUCCCUUCUCUUCCUCCGGGUCAUCAGCGCCUGUGCAGAUGGCAAGAUCCGAAUUUACAAUUUCCUCAACGGGAACUGUAUGAAGGUGAUAAAAGCCAAUGGCAGAGGCGAUCCUGUGCUGUCCUUCUUUAUUCAGGGCAACAGGAUGGUGGUCAACACAGAGAGCAAUGUUCUCAUGUUCCAGUUUGAGCACAUAAAGUGGCAGUAUGCCGUGGAAAAAACAAAACAAAAGAAGAAUAAGGAGAAAGAGGAGGAAAAAGAAGAAAAUAGUCUCAUGGAAAUUCUCUCUAAGUGUAAUAUUCAGGUUCACAGCCCAAGAGAGUCUGUAUCCAGUAAACAAACUGUGAUCCAAGAGCUCCUACCAGGCAAACCUCCCAAGUCCCGAGUACUCCUGAAGCCGGCCAAGUUCUCUUCAGCAGUGUUAAUAGAGGAACUUCAAAGUCAAGGAAAGUCAAAAUCACCCCGAAGAGAUGCAGAUGAUGUGGAGAAAGCACAAAAACAAGGACAAUUGGAAACUCCUGGAAAACUGCCCAGUCACCCAAAGAAAAAGUCUUGGAAAAUCCCUAUGUCACCUGACCAAUUCCUCCUGACUGUUAGCGCCCUGCAGCAAGCCCAUAAUUCCGGGGAAUUUGCCUAUCCCUGUAGGCCCCAAACAGAAAUUACUGAUGUCUGGGGACCUUCAAUUUCAUACCCAAGGAAGGUCUUGAAUUUCAAAGGAAAAUCAAUCCAACGUGCAGUUGAUCGGUUGAGAUUGAGCAAUCCUCCUAUAGAUGUGAAACGAACCAGUAUUCCCCUUGAAAUCCAGAAACUGCAGCCCAACUUGAAGACCUCUUUGCACAGUCCUAGAGUCCAGUCCACCAUACCCCAGCCCAUGAUUAUCCGCUCCAGGUUCUCUGGCAGCUUAAAGGGUGGAGACCAAGUGACCAGUUCAAUUGAAAGUGCUGUGUGCAGUACGGGUCCCCUGACCAGUAUGCAGGUCAUUAAACCAAACCGCAUGCUAGCUCCACAAGUGGGCACAGCCACCCUGUCUCUUAAGAAAGAACGGCCUCGCAUCUAUACAGCCCUUGAUCCUUUUAGAGUGAACACUGAGUUCGUGCUGUUGACCGUGAAGGAGGAGAAGGAGCACCAGGAAGCCAAGAUGAAGGAAUAUCAGGCCAGGGAGUCCACUGGAGUGGUUGAUCCAGGAAAAGCCAGCAAAGCUGCAUGGAUCAGGAAGAUCAAAGGCCUGCCUAUUGAUAAUUUCACGAAGCAAGGGAAAACAGCGGCCCCUGAACUUGGACAAAAUGUAUUUAUCUAAACCAGCCUUAGGAAAUUACAAUGUUUUACAAUAAACAGAAAGCCAAGCGGA